AUGACUUCACUGCCUCAUACAUCGCCACAGUAUUCUUCAACAUUUGAUUAUUUCGAUAUAGAGUUGGAUGCUGGAAAAGAUGCCGUUUUUCAUGGCGGUGAAUUAGUGACUGGAUUUUUGAAAGUCAAGCUGAAACGCCCGAUGACUAUUGAAAUCAUUCGAUUACAUUUUAAGGGACGAGGGUGUUUUAUAGAGCGAGAAGGAACAAAGCACAAGGAAAAGGAGAAGAUUUAUUUUGAUAAGGACUUGACUCUUCUCGAGAGGCCCCCUGGUAAACCAGAGCCAGGUAGGUUCCCGUGGAUUGCUGAGUUUAUGUAUAGCUUGCCUUUUGAAUGUACACUGCCACUUGGUUGUCCAACUUCUUAUGAAACAGUCUUUGGUUUCAUCCGCUAUUUUGUUCGAGCUGUGAUUGAGGAAGCCAACACCAAAGACCAGUUCGUUGCAAAACGGUGCUUUUCUGUUGUGUCUUCUGAUGCCUACGACGAAGAAGCCUCUGAUGGAAAUCCAGUAACAGCGACAGAAGCUUUGACUCAAGGAGGUUGUUGCUGUAGGACCAAAGUUAGUGCUGAAGCGCAGCUGCAGAAGUCUGUAUUUUCUCCAGGUGAGAAAGUGAUUGGUACGGUUAAAGUCAGCAACAAACAUCAGAAGAAGCUCCUUGACACGGUUGAAGUAAAGUUAGUGGAUCGCUUAGGGGAAGUGGAAGGAGGGAAAAUCCGUUUUGCCUCUUACCGUUCACUUCUGAGUCGAAGGUUGGGUCUGAAGGAAUUACAGUCUUCUAGUGUAGAGUUCUUCAGGAUACCUUCUGUCGCACCGAGUCUCUCUGGUAGAACAAUUGAAAAAAUACUGCCGAAUGACGCAAAAAUUGUUGAGUCCCCGAGUACGAUGACACUACGUGCGAGGAAAAAACCAUUCCUGAAAAUAGAAUAUGAGAUCCAGGUAACAGUAGGGGGCCACUGCUUUCUCCUUUUUUUGUUGUCUUUAUUGCGGUAUGAAGUCUCAGGAAUUCAUAUGUAUAUUUCUGUGGGUGGUAAGCUCUUAUUACAAAUGCCAAUAACAAUUGUCGCACCUGGGAAGGGUACUAAUUUUUUGUACCAACCAUUCGUCGCUGGUGCUCAGUACGUUGAUGAUUCGGAUGAAGCUGCAAUGUAUAAGGCAGAUGAUCAAGGUUUCACCUUCACACCAUUGUAUCCGGUCGCAACAGAGCUUCCGGAAGAAGCCAGCGCUCGUAAUGCUCAAAAGCACGACCAAGUCAAAAACGAGAGUGCCCAUGUUGUCAAGAUAAGCCAGGUACAGGAGAUUCAAGAUGAAUCAAAAUCUGAGGAACGUAAGCAGAUGCACUCGCCACCUGAACCACAGAUGGUUAGCACAAGUUUAACAGCUAACUUAUGCCCGAACCCACAGCAAUCUGCUGAUGAAAAAUAUGAAAUUUUGAUGUUAACGAAGGAGGCUGCUGACAUGCAGUGGCAACCGUUAGAUCCUGAUGGAGAUAAGCGUAAAGAACAGUCAGCCGAAUGA